CUCAGCUCAAAUCACCACCAAGAACUCACCACAUAUCAAAGACCACAUGCUGCAGACGCGGCACUGUCUCCAAACAGCAAAAAGUGCCCGUCUCAUCCACACUCAUCUUAGCCGCAGCCAUGCGUCUGCCAUACAUCGACGCCGCCGAUCCAAAAGCCUUCACCACUCCCGAGGACCACGCAAUCAUAGCCCGGGUCCGCGCCCGGCGAGCGCCUCGUCCUCUCCAACCGCUCGACCUCACUCUCCUUCACUCUCCUGCUGUGGCCGACGGCUGGAACAGCUUCCUGGGCGCGAUACGGACAAAGACCAGCCUACCAGAUGACGUGAGAGAGGUUGCUAUCUGCAGAGUGGCGGUCAUCAACCAAGCAUGGUACGAAUGGGCACAUCACGCUCCUCUGGCCAAAGCUGGUGGUGUAAGUGAAGAAGGCAUGGAACUCCUAGAACAACCCGAUCUCGACGGGAAGAACGGGAGCGAAGUGUUGAGCAAGAAGCUCUGGGCAGUGGUGGACUAUACAGAUGCUAUGACCAGGGAUGUUGCAGUUAAGGAUGGUGUUUUUGAGCAGUUGCGGGAACACUUUUCUGAGCAGGAGGUUGUCGAAGUCACGGCCACGGUUGCCGCAUAUAACUGUGUUAGCCGAUUCCUCGUGGCUUUGGAUGUGGGGGAGAAGAAUGCAUGGAGAUCCCCGGGUGUUUCAAACUCUAAGUGAACGUGUUUGUGGUGAUUCGGUAGUUGGGGGAAACCAGAGAACCUGUUUGCUCUUACUGUACAUGGUGCCUCAUGUCCCACAUCUCUACGAGGCAGCCGUAUGCGAAGCAUGCGCAGCAUGCGCAAGUUUCUAGAGGUUAUCGAAGCUAUAUUCCUCGAAAUAUAU